ACACCAUUUGAGCGUUGAACACAAUGCAAUCUUUUGAAGGGCAGUAACUGGGUGGAGACCCACAAGCGUGUCUCGUUUCAAAGUCAAGGCAGUAUAAGAAUGUCUGUGUUUUGGAGUGCAGUCACAUAAAUAUGGCCAGCUUAAAGUUGUUCCCCUUGGUUUGGGUACUGACGUCAUCGCUUGGGGUAUCAGAAGGUCUAUAUGACAUAAAUAAUGAAAUGCAACAGUUAAAAAAUGUUGUUUCCUCUCUUGCCAGGCAGGUCAUGUUACAGCAGUUCUCCCAAGAGGAGAAGCUCAGGUCUGACGGCGGGUCCGGAAUCAAACAAGUCAGAGUGGACAAGGAUGGGGAAAAGAACUACGACACAAACUCCCACAGUGGCGUCGCCAUGGGCGCCAUUCACGACCAUUCCAACUACAAGAUGACGGUUGGGCUAGGUGAAGGUCAAUAUGUUCUGAACGGAGUAGAAUUUAGAACAAGGCACAACGAUUACCAACUGAGAAUGCCCAGCACCAGAUCAUCUGACUACCACAUUAUGAGUGAGAUCCCCGCCCCAGCUGUACCGCCCCAGGUGCUGAAAAAGUCAUCACUAGAAGAGCAGAUUCUAGAAAUGAGAGAGUGGUUCAAAGCCUGGAGAGACCAGAACUAUUCAGUCCGAGACUACCGGAAGUACUUCAAACCAGUUCUGUGUUACCUAGAGGGCGCCUGGACCAAGAAUACAGAAAGCAUCGAGGAACCUUUCUUUAGUGACAGACACUCACUGGACGCUACCAGUUGGUUCGACCUACAGGAGAAAGUCAGAUACUCCGCCUACACGGGGAGAAAGAAUUUACUGGAAAACUUUGCUUUCCUCCCCACGACCAUAAUCAACAUCACCGCCGGCGGGGUGCCAGUGUACGCCCAGUGGAACUACAGGAUGCUGUGUCACCCUCUGUCCAAAAACCUUCCAACGUCGUACCUCAAGCCAGUCGAUGACCUCAGCGUACGCCUUCCAAGAGGACACAGUUUUGAAACUUAUUCGGCUACUAGAGGUGCAAGAUUCACUGUGGUUAGCCCCGAAGACUCCCCUGACUGGAACUAUCUGGACACCAUGAUGGGCGAAGUACCAGGAAAAGAUAACUACGGCGCACAGAUAUUCGAUACCGCACUUAACACUACGCUCCUGAGCGCGAUACCGGAAGACGAGAACAAACUGAACGUGGGCUACUACAGCAGACGAUAUCGGGUUGAAAAAGCAGACGCCAUGGGGCUUUCUUUUGGGAGGCGCGGCUUCAGUGAUCCAAACGUCUUCAUGGCGGAAACGACACACAAAAAUAUCGCGGACAUUUAUCUGAGGCAGUGCUAUCCCAAUAAAGUUUGCUUAGAGUCCAACAAGCGUAUGUCCUACGCGAUCCCUCUGGAGGUCAUCUAUCUGACCCCACUCAGCACCUGGAACCCCUACGACAUCCCGCUUCACAGAGAUGAGGAUAUAGAUCGAGUCCUCAGCAAUGGAUUUAACGGGAAGAGAAUCGGAGGCUUUCUUCCUCAUAGUGCCUUCAAUGGCUCUUUGUCUAGUCAGUACUACAGAACUCCAGCAGAUUUUUUCUCGGGCGUAGAACUUCGACGAAACCCUGCAGAUACAAUGAAAAAGUCUGUUGGUGUUUUAGACAGACAUAACACAAUAAGAAACAUGACGGCGUCGGGUAUAAGAGUCUUCUUACCCAAUAUAACUGGAGUUGGUGUCUUGAGAACCCGAUUUCCCAUAACACCUGUUCACGCUGAAAGCAGCCCCGUUUGGAAAGAGUUGAACGCCCUCAAAGACUUUGUUACGAAGAACCUGGAAGAUCGAAAAAUGAACCAGAGGCAACCCAGACCACCUAAGGUCAGGCCACAAGGUGCUAGAGCCACUACACAAAAGUCAAGAGUUAGGCCAGGAAAGACCACUACUGCAUCCACUCCUGUGUAUCCAAUCCGACAGCCUCUGAUCUUAAUGACCAGCAUUGCUACAAGGUACCCUCCAGGCGAGCACUAUCACACUAUAGAGAUGAACAAGCAUCAGCAGGCUCGUCUUCAGAAGGGCGAGGUGGUUCAUUUCAGAACCAGCCAAGACAACGGCCACUCGCACACGGUCAAAGUUCAGUUUUUCAACGGCAGAUAUCACGUGAUUAAGUGUGACUCGAAGACGCCACCCUGUUGGGAUGGCCACACUAAGUGCCUGACCACGGAAGAAGAAGCAGGGUGUCCACUGGAAGAUUUUUAAUAUAUCCAUACUAUUAGAUCUACUCUUUCUACAAAGCAUAUAUAAAGUCACUCUGUCUUUAUCUGUUUGUCUGCCUGUCGGCCCAGAUGUUUGUACACAUUAAUUCUCCGACACACAAACUCAAAUCAAGCUGAAAUUUUGCACAAUCAUUUCUUUUACCUAAUAACACAAGAAUAAAUACAACAAAAAUUAGUUAAUUAAUUAUUGAUAAUAAAUUACUUUGUUUGGUAUCUCAAACAAGGGGAAAAAUAGUACUUUACAUGAAUUGGUGGAAUAAGGUGAAUUAGUCCCCUUUGUAGAUCGUUUGAGGCAUAUUACAAAUUUAAUUACAUGACUGUAAUUAAUAAGCUUAGUAAAAGCUUUGUAUUUUUAAAAAAUAUUUUGCUUUUUACUUUCUCUACAAUGAUUGCAUACAUAACUUAACUCUUUGUAAUCCAAAAUAA